AAGGUUAUAAACAUCUGUCAAUAAACAAAACAAAAACGACAAUGAGACGAAGAGCUGGUUUAGGUGCAAUACAAAAACAGAAACUCGAACAAGAAAAGUACAAGGAUAAAGGUAAUGAAAUCCAGGAGAACCAGUUCGAACAAAUGACCAAACAAUUGGACGUUUUCAAAACUAACCUCGAAGAAUUCGCAUCGAAACACAAAAAUGAGAUCAAGAAGAAUCCCGAGUUUCGACGACAGUUUCAAGAAAUGUGCUCCAGCAUCGGUGUGGAUCCGUUGUCAUCAAGUAAAGGAUUCUGGUCUGCUUUGGGAAUCGGCGAUUUCUACUAUGAGCUCGCGGUGCAAAUCGUUGAAGUUUGCCUCGCAACGAACGACAAAAACGGAGGUUUAAUCAGCUUAGAUGAAUUACGAACGCGACUCAUAAGGGCCAGAGGCAGAAGUAACAAACACCAAGAAAUCUCAAAUGAUGAUUUACUUAGAGCUGCUAAGAAACUAAAAAUUUUUGGCAGUGGAUUUACUAUUGUGCCCAUUGGUAAAGGACAAUACAUGGUUCAGUCAGUUCCUGGUGAAUUGAGCAUGGAUCAUAGUGCCAUUUUACAAUUAGUCUCAAAUUCUGAACAAGGAUUCACUUCAGUUAUGGCAUUAUGCAAAGAGUUGAAUUGGGAAAGAGAACGGUCGCAAAAAGCAUUAGAUCAUAUGGUCAAUCAAGGAUUAGCAUGGAUUGAUUUGCAGGAUACUUAUGAUAAGAUGUACUAUUUUCCUAGUCUGUUUAAUGCCUGUGUUAAUUCUGCAAGUUAAUAUGUUUAAAUAAGUUUUACUGUUAUAUUUUAUUACACAUAUAUUUACAAAUAAAUAAUUUAUAUUUGCUUUUAAA